GAAUCCGAAGAUACCGAACCGCCAUCAGAAGUGCCAGAAUUACCAGAAGAACCACAAGUACAGGAAACGCCAGAGAUCCCGCAAGCUCCGGAUAGCUCAGGAAUACCAGAAACGCCAUCCAUACCAGAAGAACCUCGGAUACCGGAACCGCAAAUACCAGAUGAGGAAGAAACUGAAGAGCCAUAUAUAACCGUAACACAGCAUAUACCGGGCAGUACUUAUCCGAUAGCCCCUCAUCUACCAGGUGUGCCGUACUUUGCGGUACCAUAUAUUCCUGGGCCGCAACCAGAAGUUACACACACGGGAUUUCCGCAAAUACCACCACAUUAUCCACCUAGCUAUCAAACUCCGCCCGGGUAUCCGCAACCGCAUCCCGGAUACCCGCAACCGCCACCGGGAUAUCCGCAACCUCCACCGAGCAAUCCGCAGCCACCGCAAGGCUAUCCACAGACUCCGCCAGGCUACCCUCAAUUACCACCUGGUUUUCCGAUUCCGCCCGGAUAUCAGUUGCCACCUGGAUUUGCAUUACCGCCGGGGUACCCGCAUUUACUACCCGGCUAUCCACAACUACCGUCAGGAUAUUCGCAUUUUCCGGACGUGGUCACAGACUACAAACCACCUAUCUUUGCACCACCAAUCAACGACUCCGGAAAUAUCUAUAUCAGAUAUUUAACACAUCCGCCUGAGAUCACGAUCCGGCCGAGGAACCUUCAAGUUCGAGCUAACAGCAUCGCAGCGUUCUAUUGCGCGGCACGAGGAGACCCGAUACCUAACAUACAGUGGCGCAAAAACGGAAAGAAAGUUUCCAACAUGCAAACCCGCUACCAAGUAUCGGGCAUGGACGGAGCGGCCGGCCCCGGUGCCAACGGAGCUGUCCUUCGCAUCGAACCGGUGCGGGCGCAGCGCGACGACGCGACCUACGAAUGCGUUGCCGAGAACGGCGUCGGUGACGCUGUCACUGCCGUAGCUACGUUGACGGUGUUCGAAGUUGAUAAAGUCCCGCCCGGUUUCCCGAGCAUUUCGCCGCCCUCCACCAUGAUGGUCGUCGAGAUUGGCCACACGGCUACCCUGCCCUGCCAAGCUACCGGGAACCCAACGCCCAAAAUAAGAUGGCUUCGGAACUCCUUGCCACUGGACGUCGCUUCGAAUCCAAGAUACGCUCUGCUGAACGAUAAGAUGCAUGGUACACUGCAAAUAGUGAAGAGUGAAGAGGACGACAAUGGCAAAUUUGAAUGUAUCGCGGAAAACUCGAUUGGAACUGAAUUCUCUAAGCCCACGGUUCUGUACGUGAAAGUACGAAGAGUCGCACCCCAGUUUUCGAUACCACCCCCUCCCCGCUCAGAAGUGAUGCUCGGUGGAAACCUGACUUUGAAAUGCGUUGCUUUCGGAGCACCGAUGCCUACUGUUAAAUGGAGGAAAGGAUUAACGAAAUGGUUGACCCCGGAGGAUAAUCCUCCUCUAGGGCUGAACAACCUUGAAUUAAGAGACAUCAGAGAAUCUGCCAACUACACUUGCGAAGCAGCCAGCGUGCUUGGAGUCAUUGAAGCCACAGCCGAAGUCAAAGUUCAAUCAUUACCUGGAGCCCCCACUGAAGUUAGACCUUCCGAAGUUACAGCGACCGCAGUUCGCCUGUCAUGGACAUAUAACGGCCCAGAAGAACCUCAGUACUAUGUCAUACAGUACAAACCUAAAAACGCUCAUCAGGCCUUCAGCGAGAUAUCUGGAGUGAUCACCCAAUACUACUCCGUUACGAAUCUAUCGCCUUACACUGAAUACGAGAUGUACGUCAUUGCGGUCAACAACAUCGGCAGGGGACCUCCGUCUUCACCGGCGGUCAUCAGUACCGGAGAAACAGUGGAUUCUGUAUAUGGAGGCGCCAAGCCCGGUUCAGCGCCGAAGAAUGUUCAAGUCCGUCCACUCAGCUCCAGCACGAUGGUGAUACAAUGGGAAGAACCGGAGACGCCUAACGGUCAAGUCACCGGCUACAAGAUAUUUUACACUACGGAUCCAUCGCAACCUUUACAGUCUUGGCACUCUCAUAUGAUGGACAACAGUCACUUGACAACGAUAAGUGAGCUAACCCCACACACGGUGUACACGAUAAGAGUGCAAGCGUAUACAUCCGUUGGACCGGGUCCGAUAUCUGCUCCAGUUCAAGUGAAAACCCAACAAGGAGUACCGUCGCAGCCAUCAAACCUCGUUGCCACGGAAGCUGGUGAAACAUCUGUGACUCUGUCGUGGAAACGACCAGCUCACGCCGGCGACAACAUCGUCUCUUACGAACUCUAUUGGAACGAUACGUACGCUAAGGAGCAUCAUAAAAAACGCAUCCCGAUUACGGAGACAUACACCUUGAACGGUCUUUAUCCGAAUACGUUGUACUACAUCUGGCUAGCGGCGAGGUCUCAGCGAGGGGAAGGCGCCACCACACCCGCCAUAGCCGUCAGAACCAAACAGUAUGUUCCCGGGGCGCCGCCGAUGAACGUGACCGCGGUGCCGAUCUCGCCGACUGCCGUGCGCGUGUCAUGGCAGCCGCCACCCGCCGAGCGCGCCAAUGGGAGAAUCGCGUACUACAAGCUACUAUGCGUCGAGUCCGGCAGGGGAGAUUCGGAGGCUUCCAUCUUGAAACUCAAACAGAACCAAACGUCUGUCGUUUUGGAUGAAUUGAGACGUUGGACGGAAUAUCGCAUCUGGGUGCUGGCGGGUACCAGCGUGGGCGACGGACCCGCCUCCUACCCUGUCACUGUACGCACGCAUGAAGACGUGCCUGGUGAACCACAAGACGUCAAGGUGACAGCCAUCAACUCAACCUCUAUCCAUGUUACGUGGAAGCCGCCACAUGAUAAAGAUAAAAACGGAAUCAUCAGGGGCUAUCAUGUUCACGUCCAAGAAGUUAGAGAAGAAGGGAAAGGUCUUCUCAACGACCCCAUGCGUUUCAAUGUAAUGGAUGACACGACAUUGGAACUGAACGUUUCUGGCCUCCAACCAGACACACGGUACAAUGUUCAGGUAGCUGCACUGACAAGGAAAGGAGACGGCGACCGGAGUCCACCAGUAUCUGUCAAAACCCCUGGCGGAGUGCCAAACAGACCGACCGUUAGUCUAAAAAUCCUGGAACGCGAACCAAUAGUUUCUAUCGAAUUAGAUUGGGCGAGACCUACACAGACAUACGGAGACUUACUUGGAUAUCGAUUACGAUUCGGAAUUAAAGAUCAGCCGUUAGAGGAAAUCAAUUUCCCUGGUACCAAAGUGACGUCACAUAGAAUAAGUGAUUUAGAACGAGGAGUUCAGUAUGAGUUUAGAAUAGCAGGAACAAAUCAAAUAGGCGUCGGACAAGAAACUAUAAAGUACAUGUUGACUCCAGAAGGUGCUCCUAAGGGACCUCCAACUAAUGUUACAUAUCAUUUCCAAACUCCCGAUAUCAUAAGUAUAACCUGGGAACCCCCUGUAAGAGCGGACAGAAGUGGCCAAAUUAAGAAAUAUGACGUCCAAUUUUAUAAAAGAGGAGAUCAGUCGUCAUUAUUAGAAAAAACCACUAACCAAACGAAGGCCGUAUUCACGGGUCUGGAAGAGGAUGCACAUUACGUAUUUAAGGUUCGUGCGUAUACUGAUCAGGGGCCUGGACCCUACAGCAAAGAUAUGACUGCUCAUACCGAAAGAGAUAUCGGAAGAGCACCCAUGUCCGUCAAAGCUGUCGCCACCUCAGAGUCAAGCGUCGAAGUAUGGUGGGAAACAUUCCGUUCCAGAAAGAAGAUAAUAGGCUAUGUCUUAUUUUAUACUAUGACGCCGGUUGAAGAUUUGGACGAAUGGCAACAAAAGAGUAUACAUGUAACACAUUCGGCUGAUUUGGAAAAUCUGGAAACGUUUGCGGAGUAUGCUAUAGCAGUGGCUGCUAAAACAGCGGACGGAUUGGGAAGGCUGUCGGAAAAGGUUACUGUUAAAGUUAAACCAGAAGAAGUGCCUUUACACCUAAGAGCUCAGGACGUGUCUACACAUUCUAUGACUCUGUCCUGGUCAUCCCCGCUACGAUUAAACCCUGUUAGUUAUAAAAUCUCGUACAAUGCCAUCAAAGAGUUCGUAGACUCGCUCGGUAUGACACAGACUCAAGAGAUACCUAGAAAAGAAAUUAUUGUUAAGCAUAAUAGAACAUCAUUUUCUAUCAACGACUUGUCGCCUUUUACGACUUACAAUGUAAACGUAAGCGCCAUACCGAAUGACGAUUCGUAUCGGCCGCCUAAAAAGAUUACAGUGACGACGCAAAUGGCCGCACCUAAGCCGAUGGUCAAACCAGACUUCUAUGGUGUUGUCGAAAACGAAAUACUCGUAAUUCUACCUCAAGCUUCCGAGGAAUACGGACCUAUCUCCCAUUAUUAUUUAGUCGUAGUACCUGAUGAUAAGUUGCACAAUCACAAGAAUCCGGAUCAGUUCCUAACAGACGACCUAAUCAAGAAUAACAUGAGAACGGACGAUGAAAACGCUCCCUACAUUGCAGCCAAAUUUUUACAGAGAAACAUUUUGUAUACCUUUCACCUCGGCAACGACGAACUGUACGAAGGAUUUUUGAAUAGAAAAUUGAACCUGAACAAAAGGUAUCGAGUGUUUGUAAGAGCAGUAGUAGACACACCUCAGAAACACUUGUAUACAUCAAGUCCAUUUUCGGAAUAUCUGUCUUUGGAUAUGCGAGAAGCUCCUCCGGGUGAGGAACCUAGCAGACCAGAUCCCAAGGAUAUUAAUGGCGAUCCUGAAAUUCGAAUAGAAGAGAACAGGAAAGAGGCGGGCAUGGUUUGGGUUGUCGGGCCGAUAAUAGCCGCCCUAAUGCUUUCUCUUUGCUUAGUGGUGUUGUUCUUUGUAAAGCGGCGGCGUCAACCGUGCAAAACUCCCGAUCAGGCGGCGGUCACCAGACCUUUGAUGUCCGCCGAUGUUGGUUUUGGUGCUCCAUCUGACCCCGUGGAAAUGAGACGAUUAAACUUCCAGACACCCGCGAUGAUCUCUCAUCCGCCUAUUCCGAUUUCUGAACUAGGCGAACACAUUGAUAGACUGAAAGCCAACGACAAUAUGAAAUUCUCUCAAGAAUAUGAGAGUAUCGAGCCAGGACAACAGUUUACUUGGGACCAUUCUAACAUGGAAGUUAACAAACCGAAGAAUCGGUAUGCUAAUGUGAUCGCGUACGACCACAGUCGAGUCAUCCUUCAGCCCAUCGAUGGAAUUCUAGGCAGUGAUUACAUUAAUGCCAAUUAUUGCGACGGCUACCGCAAACAUAACGCAUACGUAGCUACUCAAGGGCCGCUGCAGGAAACUUUUGCGGAUUUCUGGAGAAUGUGUUGGGAGCUACGCACGUCCACGAUUGUUAUGAUGACAAAAUUGGAAGAGAGAACUAGAAUAAAAUGCGACCAAUAUUGGCCGAGCCGCGGCACUGAAUCGUACGGCAUGAUGAGCGUUACCAUUGCCGAAGUUCAAGAACUUUCGACUUAUUCCAUACGUACUUUCCAAGUAUCUAGGAACGGAUGCGCCGAACGUAGAGAAAUCAAACAGCUACAGUUUACGGCUUGGCCGGAUCACGGCGUUCCCGAUCAUCCUGCGCCCUUCCUCCAGUUUUUGAGACGCGUUCGUGCCUUGAAUCCGCCCGAAGCCGGUCCGCUGGUCGUCCACUGUUCCGCCGGGGUGGGUCGUACGGGGUGCUUCAUAGUCAUUGACUCGAUGCUUGAGAGAGCCCGACAUGAGCGCACUGUCGAUAUAUACGGGCACGUGACCUGUCUCCGCGCUCAACGUAACUACAUGGUGCAAACCGAGGACCAAUACAUCUUCAUUCACGACGCCUUACUGGAGGCGGUUAUCUGCGGCGACACGGAAGUGCCGGCGCGCAAUCUGCACGCUCACAUCCAGAAGCUGAUGCGAAUCGACUCUAUCGAGAACAUAACGGGCAUGGAAUUAGAAUUCAAGAAGCUGGCGAACAUGAAGGCGGACUCCAGUAGGUUUGUCUCGGCCAGUUUGCCUUGCAACAAGCACAAGAACAGGCUAGUCCACAUCUUGCCGUACGAGUCUAGUCGGGUCUGCCUGACGCCGCGCGAUGGCUCCGAUUACAUCAACGCGUCGUUCGUUGACGGAUACAGAUACAGGGCGGCGUAUAUCGCCACGCAGGGCCCCCUACCGGACACCACCGACGACUUCUGGCGAAUGCUUUGGGAGCACAACUCAACCAUCAUCGUGAUGCUGACCAAACUGAAGGAAAUGGGCCGGGAAAAAUGUCACCAAUAUUGGCCGUCUGACCGCUCGGUGCGUUACCAGUGCUUCGUAGUGGAUCCGAUUGCCGAAUACAACAUGCCUCAAUACAUUUUGAGGGAAUUUAAGGUCACGGAUGCCCGGGACGGCGCCUCCAGGACGGUCAGACAGUUCCAGUUCACGGACUGGCCCGAACAAGGAGUGCCGAAAAGCGGAGAAGGCUUCAUCGAUUUCCUCGGACAAGUUCACAAGACCAAGGAACAAUUCGGACAGGACGGACCUAUAACUGUGCACUGCAGUGCGGGCGUCGGUCGCACGGGCGUGUUCAUAACUCUGUCAACGGUGUUGGAGCGUAUGCAGUACGAAGGCGUGGUGGAUGUAUUCCAGACGGUACGCACGCUCCGCACGCAGCGACCCGCCAUCGUGCAGACUGAGGACCAGUACGAGUUCUGCUACCGCGCAGCCCUGGAGUAUCUCGGCUCGUUCGAUCACUACACCAACUGACGGUGCGAUAGGCUCGCUUAAAUUGUCGCGCGCUUUCAUUAUUAUUAUUAUUAUGUAUGUACUUAAUAUUGUAUAUCUCAUAAUAUGGAACUUAGAAGCGCUUUAAUGUUCCUGUUAAAACCGACUAACAUUUAAAAAAAAUAGUAUUUUUUAAUGAUAAACUAUGAUUUAUAUUCACAAAACUGCAAUCCGGAUAAUCCAGAUAAAUAAAUACCGAUUUUUCUGUGCGCAACGAAAAUUCGCUUCUACGUCCCAUAUUAAUAUAUAGAGGUGAGAAAACAAUUUAUAGACAUGAGUUCAACGUAGUUUGUGUAAUCAAACGUAGUCUUAAACUGGCCACUACCCAAUGUAAUCUUACAUUACCAAACUAUACCGGCAACGUUCCUCAAAUUCAUAGUUUCUAUUUGGUAGCUAAUUAUUAUAUAAAACAUUAACAUUCGACGUUGUGAAAAAAAAAAUUAGUCUAAAACAUAAUAACUAAAAUUAUAUGUACUCAAAAUGUCAAAUGAUACAUUAAAAACUUCUUACAAACAAUACGCGGGAAACACGUUCAGUUACGCGCCAAUAUUUGUGACGCAAAAAACCGUGGUAAUGUCAGUGCGUCGAUUUGACUGAUUAUUCAAUACGAAACGAGGCUAAUUCGUGUAUGAGUGAGUGCCUAAGGGAUGCUACUUACGAUUUAUGAUUAAUAACUAUUGUGACCACUAUUCAAAUCAUGAUUGUGAGUCGAAAGGGUAAUAAACGUAAUUAAAUUAUCCUAAUUAUCGGAAUUAUGAUAGAAAUAAAGCAGGCGUUCACCCUAAACGAUACUUUUCGAAACAACGGUCGUAACUCUAACCUCAAAAUACAAACAAACAGUAUAGAGCUGUUCAUACUUUUAAUGGCAAUAGUUGCCAAAGUAAAAAAACGGCACCCGUUAAAUUCCAUAAAAACGAUUUGAACAAGCAUUAUUAAUAAUAAUACAACGUGUAUUUUAAUCAACAUAGUCCAAUAGUGCGAAUAACGUUAAAUUAUAUUUCAACAAUGUUACGAAAAGUCGUAAUCACAAACACGAAUAAGUUAAAACAAACGUGCUAAAAAAACAUUCAACAAUGUAAUACAGUGAUUCUCAACCACUGUUCCGCGGCACUUUUGUGUGCCGCCAAAUUUCAAAAGUGUGCCGCCAAA